AGUUGAUGUUGGCGUCAGUCGGUGGCGGUGGAUACCUCACACAGGCCUCUCUAGGUUGCAUUAUUAGACACAAAAUGGCUGACGAGGAGUCAAUGCAAACCACGGGGAUUUUGCAGGAGAUCUACACGUCGCCGCUGAAUUUGAGCCUGCUUUUCCUUUGCAUAUUCCUGCUGUAUAAAAUAUUUCGCGGCGACAAGCCUGCAGAAAUGGGGCAGGUAGAAGCUUCUUUGCCAAAACUAAAGAGGGAUUUUACGCUCUCUGAACUACAGGAGUACGACGGAGCGACGAAUCCCAGGAUUCUCAUGGCAGUCAAUGGCAAAGUUUUUGAUGUGACUAGAGGGAAGAAAUUCUACGGUCCAGAGGGUCCGUACGGGGUGUUUGCUGGUCGGGACGCCUCGCGGGGGCUUGCCACGUUCUGCCUGGAUAAGGAAGCCUUAAAGGACACCCAUGAUGACCUGUCGGACCUCAACGCCAUGCAGCAGGAGAGUCUGGGCGAAUGGGAGACUCAGUUUACCCAGAAGUACGACUACGUGGGCAAGCUGCUGAAGCCAGGAGAGGAGCCCACAGAAUACACAGAUGACGAGGACGUCAAGGACAAAAAGGACUGAAACGACAGGCGCAUUUAGAGAGGACAUCCAGAAUCGACAUGCCUUAAUUCCCUGCAGAUAGAAGAUAUUGCAUCACCUUGCAUUACUGGUAUUGCACAACAUACUAAUUGUCACUGUUGUUUAUCCUGCUUGUUUUUGAUCCUUAUGAAUUGCCUUUGAUCUUUUUGAAAUUAGUCUGCAUCACUUGAAUUGUGUGGUCCAGCAUUUGGACUUUGCUGCAGGAUCCCAGAUCGUGCCUGGAUUAUGCGAUGGUAUGACACGUUCCAUGAUUUAUACGGGAACAUUAUUCAUGGUAUGCUUUAUGAUUCCAUUGUUUAUGCAUUUCUAUUGAGGAGACCAGUCUUGUAUUUUUGACCAAGAUUUUUUUUGUUUUUUUUAAGUGUUGUGAAUAAAGAGGGAAUAUAAUUUCAUUCCAUUCCAUUCAAAUCAGGAUUUUUUUUUUUUUGAAACCACACAAAACUUUCGACAUCCAAGCAGUAAUAUUCUGUCUAGCUGCAAUAAGUAAGAGCUUCCUAUUAAAGUGCUGGAGGUUCUGUGUGCAGAAUUAUACAUUUUCCUCUUUCGAGAGGAAAAAAAAAAAAGAUAACGUUCCAGUCAUGUUGGGAACCCCAGGGAAACAUCAGACUUGCAGUAUGGGAGUUAAAAAACAGGUCAUAGUCACAUGCUUUGGACCAUAUUUGCAGUCUGUCUGCAUAUUCUAAUGAAUUUGGUCUAAGCCCAUUGGCUGAAAGUGCUAUUUUUAUGGAUUUCAUAUAGGAACAAGCUUCUUUAUUAUAAACAAUUGCUCUACUCGUAGUAUACAGAAAAGCUUGUAUUUUUUGAACCUGAGUGGCAUCUUGUUCAAGGGAUUAUUUACCGAAUAUGUGUAAAGAGUGCAGGGAAAUACGACCUUUCUGGUCUACGGAGUUGUAUGUUAUUGAGACUCAAGGGAUCCAUUGUUGCCGGUGAUGACGUUUUUCUGUGUAUGCUCACCAUUGGACUGCUUUCUGAAGUUUAAUUUAGAAUUUCAUUGGCAUCCUGUCCAAUAAAAACAUUAAGAAACUAAA